UUUGCUCUGAGGGAGCAGCUCGUGUACAUCCUUAAACUGGAUGUUUUGAAAUGGAACUUAAAUCUUUCUUAUUGGCUGUUUUUGUGAUAUAUUCAAGUCAAAUUCAAGGGUCCAGUGCUGUGACUGAUGUGUUUGUGAAGAGAGGAGAUGAUGUACUUCUGGAAGUCAUGGAUGAUGUUACAAAGGAAUUUGAUUUGUUUCUCUGGACAUUUGAUACAAGCAAUGUUUUAGUAAGAUAUUCACCUGGUGGAAAACCAAGAGUCUCUGAAGGUUACACUGGAAGGGUUGAGUUCUCUGUGGAAAAUUACUCAGUGAAAUUAAAGAAUCUACAAGAUGACGACAGUGGAGUUUAUACAGCACGAGUGACAGGAGAUAAAGACCAAACAAUAGCUAAAUACAUGGUCACAGUUCAAGGUCCAGUGUCUCCAGUUGAUCUGAAUCCAGACUCUGUGUCCAUCAGCUCAGACUCCUGUAACCUCACUGUGACCUGCAGCACAGAGGUCUCACACAUCAGCAGCACUUUCACAUGUGACACCAAAACCUGCUCUCAGGAGGGAGGAGACCAAUCAAAGGUCACCAACUCUGGUGCUUCCCUCCGUGUCCACCUGUUGAAUGACGCGAUCAUCUGUAACCAUAGCAACCAAGUCAGCUGGACUCAGAAGAAUAUGACACAGAUUCAGGAUCUCUGUCUCCUACAUGCUGGUCUCUCUGAUGGUGUCUCCAUCUUUGUGGUGAUGACAGUCGUGUUCUCUGUUGGUCUGAUCAUCAUGGUGUCUGUCGUCAUCAGUGUCCACCUCAUGGAGAAGAUCAGGAAACAAAAUAAACAGUUCUCCUCUAAUCAAAUGAACAUAGAGCUCAAUAUCUUACAGUGAACAUCUUAAAGUUGCCUGUGGAUUUUUUUCUCUUACAGCCAGUGGCGUCUUUCCACUAUUGAGCCACCAGAGGCGCUGCUGUGUAGGGAGGAUCACAGCAGUAUGUUAGAGAGAGUCUGGUCAACUAGAUACUUGAUGUUAAGUUCAAAGCUGAAGUUACUGCUUCAGAAGAAGUUUAUAUUUAAACUAAAUCAUAUAUUAACACAUAUAAGGAUUAAAUUCAAUUAUGUUGUGGUUUGUAGGCAGAUUUUAACCUGUAGUUGUGUUGAAUAGUUCCAUUUCACAUUCAAGCACAUUCCUCAUAAGCUUCAGAUAUCUGUUAAAUAAACUGAUCUAUACAUUUCAAAGAACAGAAAGAAUGAAGGAAUACGUUGUAAACACAACAAAAUGAUGAUCCUGAAUUGUUUAGAAAUGAAUUUACAGUAUAUGAAUGUGGGCUUGAAGCCAGUGCACUGUAAGAUAGCAGUAUGCUGCAGUAUUUACAUUUCAUGUUUUACAUAUUUUCAUUGUAUUUAAGAUAUUUAGUGUUUGUGUGUGUCAGUUUAUUUCACAGCUAAUUCUACUGCUGCAAAAGAACAUAUAGGACCCAGAACAGUCAGCACAUGCUGUUUUUUUCAGGUUUAUUUUGAUGGUUGUGUUUUAGUGCCAGAAGAAGGUUUACUUUCUUCAUUCAAGUGUCAUUAAAUGUUUUUGAAUCACA